AUGACUGAUAGUGAUAGUAUACUCUAUAAAAUAAAGUAUAGACUAUGGUUUUCUAUCACAUCUAUGGUUCUUCUAGCUAGUAGUCCCUAUCAACUGUUGCGACUUGAGGUAGCGUACGCUUCUGUGGUCCGCUUUGCUUGUCGCGCUGCAGUGCGUGUGCUUUCAACUUUUGACUUAUAUCGCCUCGUGCAGCGGCCGGGGCGGGUGGUGCGCGCCGCGGGGCGGACCGCGGUCCCCCCGGGGCGGCGCUGGGUCCCGCCAUCCUCGCUGCGGCACCGCGAAGUGCCCGAUUCCGACGCGAACCAUGACCUCAUCUUCCGGAAGGUGCGCGGUAUCCUCAACAAACUAACUCCAGAAAAAUUUCAAAAACUGAGCGACGACCUGCUCGGAUUGGAGUUAGACUCGGACAAAGUUCUGAAGGGUGUCAUCUUACUUAUUUUUGAGAAGGCCCUCGAUGAGCCUAAGUAUUCUUCUAUGUACGCGCAGCUGUGCAAGCGCCUCAGCGAAGAGGCUCCUAACCUGGAGCCACCUAGGCGACCUUGCACUUUCAAACUGCUGCUACUGAACAAAUGUCGUACUGAAUUCGAAAACCGUGCAGAAGCGUUCGCCGCUUACGAAGACCGCGUGUUGUCACCUGAAGAAGAAGAGAAGCGGCACCUUGCCAAAUGCAAAAUGCUGGGCAACAUCAAAUUUAUUGGUGAGCUCGGCAAACUAGAGAUUCUAGCGGAAUCUAUCCUCCAUCGCUGCAUCCAGAAGCUUCUUGCGCGUCGCGCUGUCGCCGAGCAUCACGAGGACCUGGAAUGUCUGGCUCAACUCGUCCGAACUUGUGGACGCGUGUUGGAUUCGGAACGCGGUCGCGGCUUGAUGGACCAAUAUUUCGCACGCAUCGAUACUCUCUCCUCUGCGCCUGAGCUUGCGCCGCGCAUCCGUUUUAUGCUACGCGACGUGCUCGAAUUACGUCGCGGUGGUUGGGUUCCGCGUGCGGCUUCUGCAGCGGCGGGCGAAGGACCCGUUCCUAUCCAUCAGUUACGCGCAGACGAUGAACCACCACCGCGACGUGAUCGCGACCGCGACCGUGAUCGUGACCGGGACCGCGACGCGCUCUUCCGUGGGGGUUUGCGCUCCCGUCCUCUGGACGAUGUCCUGGCUGGCUUAUCGUUGCAGCCCCCAGCGCCGCUCGUCCCGUCAUCGGAUAAGCUAUUCGGCAACGGGUUCGGCCGUGACGCUUUCAGACAACGCUCAGCCCCAAGUUAUUUUCCGCGCUCACGCGGUUCAGCGGGGGGUGCGUCUAGCAACUCUGCCAGCAAAGAACGUACAGGGAAGUCACGCGUAGCUGUCCCAGCGGGUGGGCUUGAAAACGUGCAGAUGCGGCCGGCGGCUAAUUCUCUCAUGUUCACGGCAUCCAACCGGCUCAAUAAGCCGCAGCCAGCUGCUAUGUCUCUCGCACCAACUCAACAAAAUGUUCUUCCCGCUGCGUUUGCCAACAAGGGACCGAACAAGGAAGAGGCCUGUCGUUUGGCAGUGGAGGCGGUGGUUGAGCUUGAGCGAUCGGAGGAAGAAGGGCAAGGAGAAGAAGAAGAGUGUGAAGCUCUGCGGCGCGUGCGCGAAUUGGGCGCUAGUCUUCCUGAUAAACUGCUGCGCCGACUCAUCGCUGCUGUACUAGACUAUGCACUCGCGGCUUCUCCGGAUCCACCAGACACGUCCGAGGCACCCGAGACUGCCGACAACACAUCGAACGCUCCGGACAGUUCCGCUCGCCUUAGCCGACGGGCACGUUCUGCUUGCGCUGUGGUGCGCUGCGUCAAGCGUGCAAACCUAGCUGACACUCUGCGCGCGCUGGUACACACGCACGGAAGCAGCGAGCGCAUGGCCGCUGUUCUAGCUGGGGCCGUGCAGACACGUCUCGUCACUCUGGCAGAAGUGGGUGGGUGGUGCGAAGGCGGACACCAUCACCCGCUGCUCUUGGAUGUUCUACGCGCACUUCGGGACGGCGUAGGUGCUGACGAAUUGCAGCGCCUUUACACUGAGAGCAAGAUUGAUCUAUGCGCAUACGCAGCAAGUCCUGCCGGCGGCGGUGUAGAGGCGUUAGAGGCUCGUGGGCUCGACGCCUUAGUACCUCAACUGAGGGUGCAGGCUGCUUUGGCACGGCAGCUAGCGCUUGAUCCGUCACCGAGUGCUUUGUACCGAUGGAUCAAGACACACGUGGAGCCUGGAGUGCGGGGUACGAGCGCGUUUGUAUCGGCACUGAUGGCUUUGGUGGCAGCGCAGGUGACACAGGGCGCGGGAGGUGCCGCUGAACGUGAACAGGCUCUACUUGAGGGCUAUGCUCCACUGCUGCGGGCGCUUCUAGACCGUCGCCCCGACCUGCAGUUGGCUGCUGUUUAUGCCGUGCAAGUGCACGCGCACAAACACCACUAUCCCAAGGGCAUGUUACUGCGCUGGUUCAUGUACCUUUACAACAUGGAAGUGUGCGAGGAGGAUGCAUUCCUGCGCUGGCGUGAGGACGUUACUGAUGCGUACCCAGGCAAGGGCGAGGCACUUUUCCAGGUCAACGCGUGGCUGACGUGGCUGCAGCAGCAGGAGUCCGAGGACGAGGAAGCGGAGGAUUGA